AUGUGUUCCACGCACAGUCUCCAAGACAUCAACAACCAGACCCUGGGCACGCCGGCAAAGUCAUUUCCCAUCGUCACCAUGCCCAAUGGCGAGAAGCUGCCCACGGGCACAGUCGGUGCCCUACUAGUCCACAUCAAGGCCUACGACGCCGGCGACGAGCAGCAAAGAAAGGCCCUGGAACCUGCCAUCAAGGCUGCCAUCCCAGUGCUGCGCAAGGUCGGCAUUUUCGACAUCUUCCCCGAGGAUGAUUGGAUCAAGGGAUCCAGCGAGGGCAGGGCCUUGGUUGGAAACCUGGCCAAGGAGACACGACGAGGAUGUGGGUGCAAUAUCUGGACCAGCGGCGGAUCGCCUCGUCAGUGA